CAAAGCUUGAUUAGUUACACUUCCGAACGGAUAUUACUCGUCCGCAGAUUCUCGUUGUCGGUUCACCUGGUAUGAUGGGAGCCGGUUUAGCACUAUCGAUUGUUCAGCUACAAAAGCCAAGCCCUGCAAUGAGUAGUCUGGCCAUGUGCAGCCAGAGAAACGGCCAGACGCGCAUGCUCCCCAGAUUUGCAGCAGCGUACACGAUUUAAAUACCUCUACUCUCCCCUUUUGCACGAAUUCUACAGUCCAAGGACACAUUUACUACGUUCAAUCAACUCGCUGUAAAACUCCAUCGAUAUAUAAUGGGUUUUGUCGGAAUCUUGGCUGUAGCAUUGCUUGCUGUGCCGGAGAUUCUUGCUCAGACGGUUACGCCGUUCACCAUCGACGGGCCUCUCGGAAGUGUUUCGGCCACGACAGUAACACAAUUUAAUACUGGAGGAUCUCUUGUGGUUGGGACAACGUCCAUCACCGUACCCGAGAAUCUUCUUGUUCAGUUUCCUGCAGCGUUCAUACCGUUCCGUGAUUUCGCGGCCAAUGGGGGUCAAUACGGCGGCUUUGAGCUAAAUGUUGAGGGUAACUAUGUGGACGGAAAGGCCAUUGCUGGCCGCAUUGCUGUCUCUCAACUGCUUGGUGGAGUUGGUUCUGGCAUCGUAGGGACCGUGAACAACGAUGGCACGAUGCAAAUUGUAGGCGGCCCUACCCUACGCAUCAACACUCCAAACGGUGUCUAUGCAGCGGCAUACGACAAGAACCCCUUCUUCACCUCCGAUGAGCAGAACCCAAGCAUUGCUUCGUUUUCGGGCUACCCCAUGUGCAUCCCGCGGAGUGCCUCUGAUGUGGACUGUCCAAGCAACAAUCGGGCCGCGAAUGGAGACCGCGUGUAUACUCCAAAGGAUCCAGCAGUCAUGGCUCCUUUCAUUCCCGGUGACUUUGUUACGUGGGCUGGUAUCACGAACGGAGCAGAAGUUCUUGUCUACAGUCUAAUCGCUGAGAACGUGCAGCAGACAACUAAGGCAGAUAACGGUGAUCCUGUAUAUGUCCGCGUGGAGGAUGUCAUUAUUGCAAUCAAUGACGGCACCUUAAACGUCGAAGUUGGUACCACCAGGUUCACUGGUUACUUGUCCGAUGGCACUGCCUCGGUGUCAGUGUACCGUCUAGACACUGACCCUUGUACUGGCGACGAAACAGAGGUGCAGGUAGCCGCGGGUCAAGUAAAGGCACUCGAUGCGCGUAAUAAGUUCGACAUCAGAUUCAAGGACACCAGCAUAACCAAGGGUGCGCGUGAGUACCGCAUAAAAGCAAGCAAGGGUGCGAAGGUCGUUGCCAAAAACAUCCAAGCUGGACAAUAUGUCGCGCCAAUCAGCGAGAUUAUCUGGCCAGAGAACAACGUGCCCGGAACUCCAAUAACUCAGAACGCUUUCAACCUAUUAGGUCAGCUCAAGGACGGCUUCGUGUUCGACAACAAGCAGUGGGGUCAGCUUAAGCCAUGGCCGGGAGCGCCUACUCCUGGUACAGCGAAGACAUGCACGGGUAACGAACUCUCAAGCACCCCCCCAUCAACUAGCCCUACCACUCCAACCACGGCAGGUGAAGCCCCCGUCGCGAAAGCCGGUGACGCCCUUACCGGUCAGCUUGCUGGAUCGUUAAUCACCAUCACCGGCAGCAACACCAACACCAAACUGACCGACGCCCAACUCACUUUCUCUUGGACGGGACCCACUGGCGUCACCAUCAACAACGCCAACAAGCCUACUAUGAGCUUUGUCAACCCAUGGACAACAACAACACCGUCAACCCAAAAGUUCACUCUCAAAAUCUGCCUUGCAUCGGACGGGACCGUGUGCAACAGCGCAACAGUCGACGUAGUUACGACUAAGACCACCGACACAGUAACAAUCACCAGCUACCAGUUCACCAAGAGCGGUGGCGGCACAGUCACAGUUACCGCCAAGUCCAACAACGUUCUCACCGGCACCGACGGAGCGAGCUUGCAGAUUCAGUUGUCCGGGACUGGGAAUUUCGUCGCAAUGGCGGCGGACGCGGCCAACCCUGGCACUUAUACAUACACUGUCAAGGGCAUCAAGCAGCCGUCAAGCAUCGCGGUCAAGUCUACGCAUGGCUCAAAUGUGGCUACAACGUCUGCAUUGGUACGGCGGAGCUCAAGGGUGUAUCGGGGGUUAAAGUUGUAGAGCUAUCGUUGGCUUGUAGGCCGACGCUGAAGUUAGCUAUUGGUAGCGGGACCUAGUACGGUAUACCUAGAUGAGUAAUGCUAAGAAGCUAUUUUAUGCAGA